AUGUCAGACACCCUGCCCAGCCCCGUGGAUCCUCUGCCUGGUGCGUCGGUCCCCCUCGGCCCCCCGCCCGCAGACCCGUCUCGGAUCCCCGAGCUGCUGCAAACGCUGGAAGAAACCGCCCGACGCAGCGGUCACGCGUCGGCCGAUGCGGACCCCAAGACAACCGAGUUCGAAGACCGGCUGGCCGCCGCCCGGCUGGGCGUGGCGAGCUCGCUCUUCACGGGGCUGCGCUGCAAGCACCCCCCCACCGCGUCGCACUGCCUGCGUGUCGCGCUCGGCUGCAGCCGCUGGGCGGCCGCGCUUGAGAUGCCCGACGAGCUCCGCACCCAGCUCGAGCUGGCCGCGCUGCUGCACGACAUCGGUAAACUCGGCGUGCCCGACUCGGUGCUGAUGAAGCAGGGCCGCCUGCAGCCGGAGGACGUCACCGCGCUGAGCCGCAGCCCGCGGCACGCGCAGGUAAUCCUCAGCCGCGCCGGCGCCCCGGAGAAGCUGAUUGAGGUGGUGCUCGCCUCGAACGCUUGGUUCGACGGCAGCCGCGGCCCGGAGGGCAUGGCGGGAGAGAACAUCCCGGCGCUCGCGCGGAUCCUGUCGAUCGUCGACGCGUACGACUCGAUGACCACCGACCACGUCUACCGGCCCGCCAAGUCGCAGGAGCGGGCGGUGGCCGAGCUGUUCGAGUGCGCCGGCUCGCAGUUCGAUCCGGGCUUGGUCCGCAGCUUUGUGGACCAGCUCGGCAAGAACCACGCCGAGCGGUCGGCGGAGGUGUCGAAGCGCUGGCUCUCGCAGCUGUCGACCGGCAGCGGCGAGCUCCCGUGGGAGUUCACCCGGCACGCGCCGCGGGCCGAGGCGGAGUCGCCGGCCAACGAAGUCGCGAUGUUCGAGAAGGAGCUCAUCGACCACAUGCACGACGGCGUCGUGUUUGUGAACCCGCACCGCCAGAUCAUCCUGUGGAACACCGGGGCGGAGCGGCUGACCGGCGUGGCCAGUUCGGCCGCCGUGGGUCAGACGCUGGCGCCGUCGCUGCUGGUGAUGAGCGCCCCCGACGGGCGCAUGCUCGAGGACGCCGAGUGCCCCAUCACCGAGGCGAUCAGCUCCGGCGCGCCCAACGUGCAGCGGCUGAGCGUCAUCGGCCGCAAGGGGAAGCACGUCGAGGUGGACCUGCACUCGAUCCCCGUCUGCUCGCCAAGCCAAGGCGUGCUGGGCGCCACCGUGCUGCUGCACGACGCCUCGAGCGAGGCUUCGCUCGAGCAGCGGUGCCAGGCGCUGCACGUCGAGAUGACCAAGGACCCGAUGACCCAGGUGGCCAACCGGGCCGAGUUCGACCGGGCGCUCGCGAUGUUCGUCGACGCGCACCAGGAGACCGGCCUGCCGUGCAGCCUUAUCAUGGCGGACAUCGACCACUUCAAGUCGAUCAACGACACCUACGGCCACCAGGCCGGCGACGAGGCGAUUAUCACCUUCGCGUCGCUGCUCAAAUCGAUGUGCCGCACCGGCGACCUGGUCGCACGCUACGGUGGGGAAGAAUUCGCCGUGCUCUGUGCCGACUGCAACAACGCCAACGCGGCGAUGCGGGCGGAGCAGAUGCGGCGGACCCUCGCCGACACAAUCCAAACGGAACUCGGGGGCAAGUCCAUCACCGCCAGCUUCGGCGUGUCCGAGCUGCAGGCGGGCGACACCCCAGAAACGCUGCUCAGACGCUCCGACCGGGCGCUGCUGCAGGCCAAGGACCAAGGGCGCAACCAGGUCGUUCAGCUGGGGGCUGGGAUGGAAGAAGAAGAACCCAAGAAGAGCUGGUGGGGAUUCGGUUCGUGGGGCAAAUCGCUCGUUGAGACGACCCUCAUCACCAAUGUCCCGAUCGAGGUUGCCGUCGAGAAGCUCAAGGGCUUCAUCGCCGACCACGACGCCAAGAUCCUCAAAACCGCUGAGCACGAGAUCCGCAUCGAGUGCUCCGACGCCGGCGCGCUGCGUCGCGCCAACGACCGCCCGGUGGGCUUCGUCCUCGACCUGAAGCUGGCCGAGGAAUUCGUCGAACGCGAGAACGCCGCCGGCAUGGCCAAGGGCACCUACGCCCAGACCACCGCCGCGGUGACGAUCCGGCCCCGGCACGAGCGGGACCGCCGCCGCGGCUACGCGACCGAACGCGCCCGCAAGCUGCUCGGCAGCCUCCGCUCGUACCUGAUGGCCCGCGAGGCGGACGCCGCCGUCGAAGGGGGUUCCGCCCUGGACGAGGCGUUCGCCGGUUUCGAGCCGGCGCCCCGCCGCACCGACGGCACGCACGCCGCCAUCCGCGGCUCUGAUGCCACGCGUGAGGCGGUUCAGCAGAUCGCCACGCAGCUCAGGCAGAUCGACGAACAGCGUCGGGAGCUGAACCGGCUGCUCGAGCUGCUCGCGGCCCGGCCGCCACGGACAGGUUUCACUCUAUUCGCAGGGAGAUCGACGAUGGGUUGUGCAAUGCAAGCGCCGAGCGGCGUGCGGCGGCUUGGGGUGCUCGUGGGACUCGCGGCGGCGACGGCGUUCGCGCCCGCCGCUUCGGCGCAAGACCGGAGCGGGUCACCGACGCCCGGCCAGGCGCGUCUCGACUUCGCCAGCCUGCCGGGGCCGACGGUCGAGCUCAACCUCAGCGAGGGGCUCAUCCAGCAGGCCCUCGGGUUGGGCGAGGCGGCGCUAGCCGGCUUCCUCAGCGGCCUGGAGGAGAACGCGGCCGCCGAAAACGCCGAGGCGGUCCGCUACAUCGCCCAGCAGGUAGGCGCGACGCGCGAACUGACGGAGGUGCUCGGCGAGGUGGUCGACAGCGUCCACCUCAACGUCUGGAAGGACGCCCGCGCGCUAGGCGAAGCGGCGGCCGACGUGCCGCAACUGGUGGCCACGCAGCUUUCCGACCAGGGCUGGGAGACGACCCUCCGCGCCCGGGAUGGAAACAAGCUGGCGCACGUGUACCUGCAGCGUGAGGGCGAGGCGGUCCGCGGCGUGUUCGUUCUGGCCCAGGACGGGGGCGAGUUGGUGAUGGCCAACGUCGUCGGUGACCUGUCGCAGGAAAAUGUUGAGCGGAUCGCCAACCUGGCGACCAAGAUCGCGGUCGAGGCCGGCCUGGACGACGAGCUGACCAAGGCGGUCGAGAAGAUCCGAGAGCGGCAAAGACGCUAA